CUUCACGGAGGUAGAGAAAUACCAGAUCUGUUAUAGAUUCAAAGCUGCUGGAACACGGGUCUCUCUUCACUGUCAAGCGAGCUUUACAUCACCAGGGGCUGGACUGCAGUUUGUUUCUGAUGGUGAUGGAAAUGUGGACACCCACAUGUUUCAGGCUGGUUCCACACAAAGACCACAGAGCAGAUCCAGAAUCACGGAAGCAGAUGAGGGUACUGGGCUGAGAUCUUACAGUCAAGAUGUCGAAGCGCCCCUCUUACGCCCCGCCCCCUGCUCCGGCCCCCACUACACAAAUGCCCACCACCCCUGGGUUUGUGGGGUACAACCCAUACAGUCAUCUGGCCUACAACAACUACAGGCUGGGAGGGAACCCCGGCGGAAACAACAGGAAUUCCUCAGGGAUUACGGUUCCUAAGCCGCCCAAACCCCCCGAUAAGCCCCUGAUGCCCUACAUGCGGUACAGCCGGAAGGUAAGCAGGAAGGUAUGGGACCAGGUGAAGGCCUCGAAUCCAGACCUGAAGCUAUGGGAGAUCGGGAAGAUCAUCGGUGGCAUGUGGAGAGACCUCACAGACGAGGAGAAACAGGAUUAUCUAAACGAGUACGAAGCUGAGAAGAUCGAGUAUAACGACUCUCUGAAGGCCUACCACAAUUCUCCAGCAUACCUAGCAUACGUUAAUGCCAAGAACCGUGCGGAGGCGGCGCUGGAGGAGGAGAGCAGACAGAGACAGUCUCGUCUGGAUAAAGGAGAACCGUACAUGAGCAUCCAACCUGCUGAAGAUCCUGACGAUUACGAUGAUGGCUUCUCCAUGAAGCACACUGCUGCAGCUCGGUUCCACAGGAACCACCGACUGAUCAGUGACAUCCUGAGCGAGGUGGUGGUACCCGACGUUCGCUCAGUGGUCACUACAGCUCGCAUGCAGGUCCUCAAACGCCAGGUCCAGUCCCUCAUGGUGCACCAGAGGAAACUGGAAGCUGAGCUGCUGCAGAUUGAAGACAGACAUCAGGAGAAGAAGAGAAGAUUCCUCGAGUCUACUGACUCCUUCAACAACGAGCUCAAACGGCUGUGCAGUCUGAAGGUGGAGGUGGACAUGGAGAAGCUGGCAGCGGAGAUGGCGGCUGCGGAGGAGGCUGCAAGACGGAGGGCGGAAGAGAGAGAGAAGGAGAAGGAGAGAGAGAAAGAGCGAGAGAAGGAACAGGAGAAGGUGGUGGAGAUGUCCGAGAGAGCAGCAGAGGAGGAUCAGCAAGGUCCGACUGGAUCAAACGGUGCUGAGCAGAACUCCAGCGCUGAGACAAAGGAGCAGGAUAAACCCAGUCCCAUGGAGACAGAUGAGCCGCAUGCUGAGGGUUCGGAGGGGCAGCAGGAGGCCGAGGAGCAAUCGGUGGAGAAACCAGAGUCAGCAGAGGGUGCUGGAGAGGAGGGGGCGAGCGACACCAGUGCUCCAUCAGAGAGAGAGAGCAGCUCGGAGCCCACCCCGUCUGAUACAGCGUCUGAGGAGAGACCCCCCGGGGCCACCCAGUAAAGACCGGACCCCCUCCCGUUUUAAAACGCAACACACAUGUAUACUGUUUAUUCACGACAUACAGGGACGAAGAAAAACUGUAACAUACACGCUCAGUUAUUCUGACCUGAACUUUCACUCCAUACUGGAAACGAUAACAAACAAUUUUAAUUCUGGACAGCAGGUAAUGCUGCCGGCCCGAACGUUACAACAACAAUUACUUUAUUAAUCCAGCGGAUCAUCAAAGCUUCACUUAUUAAAAUAAAUCGCUUCUCCACACACCAGGGUUAAAGGUGAACGCUCAUGUUUGGUUUUAUAUACAUAUAUGAUAUCAGAUGAUGUUGUUUAAUGCCAAAGUUUUAAUACAAAUUUUUUUUUUUCUUUCUCAAACCGUACAUAAGAAAAAAAGCCUGAUGAAAAUGGACCAGUGACAUCACUGUGUCUGAAUCAAGAGAAAGUUGACUGUUCACUAGACAGCACUAUCACACCAUCACUGUUAGGUUUUGCUGUUGCACUGAUUCUUGGGAGUCGAGUCAGUUUCUCUGGAUGGUUUCUGGAUGGUUUGUUUUUAAGCUCUGGCAUGAGACAACACGAUCAGAUAUGAAGAAUGAAAUCAUUUUAUUUCUUUAUGCUCUUUGCUCCACAUUAUUUUAUGUUUCUUGUUCUGUAUUUUGAGUCUUAGCAGUAGAUUGUGUUUAGCUUAGUUUUCAUAUUUUACCUCCCCUGAUGUUUCUUCUCUCGGUGGUUGAUGUAUGUCGGUGGGUGAGUUGUGAAGUGCUGAAGAAACUAGCGCUAACUUCACUGGAUCUUUAGCAUUGCUGUCACACAGCCAUUUUUUACUGUCUUAAGUUUUACCCAAUAAAGUGAUUUCUGUCUUUA